CGGCCAGAGCGCACGUCCCGGCACCACCCCCGUCGCCGCUCCGCUAAAGCCUUCACCACCUCCAACGCCGCCGGCACAACAAACUCUCGGUGCCCUUGUGAUACUAUUGUGCUUCUGAUCACGCCGACAUCGGACAACCACUUUAAACACAAGUCUGCCUACGCUAAUUACAAGUCGUUGAGGGAAUCAGACAGUAGCAUAUCCGGGCCCGACCUGCGAUAAAAGUCUAUAAUGUGGUCGGGCGUGCGCCCACGGGGUGUGCGUAGAUUGUGUACUUAGUACGCGCGAGUGGUGGGAGGUGGGUGACAGCAUGCGGGUGUACUGCAUGGUCUUGGCGGCGCUGACGCUGCGCUCGGCGGCCGAAACUGCGCCGCGCCGCUACGCAGCGGAGUGGCGCGGAGCGCGCGACCGCGAGCUAGCGCACGCGCGGCCCCUGCACGACCUCUUCGACCCCGAGCCUGAGUCAGCGGCGCUAGCGCCCGCGCCUGUGUCAGCGCCGGCGCACCAGGUCCCACCGUCUCUACCCGCUGGUGCUCUCCACAAAGAACGAAGACGCAACCGAGCCUGGUCUAAACGUGCCCCACGCCUCCCUUCGGAGAUCGCGAAUCAGAUGAUGCUACGAGCUUCGCGGUCCAGUCGACCUUAUGAUGUACCCCAAAUUGAAUGCCCUCCGGCCGCAGACGGUAUGGAGCGCUUCGCGUGCCCCACGCCGGACCGGCAAGGUCGCUAUCGAUGCAUCGACGAUCAUGUCCUCUGUGACGGCUUCAUCGACUGCCCCAACGGCGAGGACGAGGAUCGGCAGGCCUGCAUGUUCUACAAGACGACCAAGGCGCACCUGGACGUGCUCGCGGACGCGCUACUGCGGUGGGCACGCGGCCGCUAAGCCCCCUCCCGGACCCUGACCCAGUGCUCCACACCCCACCACAUCUCCGACCUCAUCAUUAUAACCCUCAAUUGAAAAGCCAGUGUGCUCUUAUGAAUAGCGAACGCUGCGGUUUAUUUUCCGAAGUUCCGGACGCGACCAGCUGUUUACUCGUAGACGAGUUGAAAUGAACGUAAUGAAACAUAUCAAGUAGUGGUUCAGCCUAUGCCAAAAAUAUGACCACUUAAAGUGUAGUGUGUAAGGAUUCCGAGCGUGAACGGAUAAGACGAUUCUGUAGGAGAUGCGCGACAGUGCGUCGUUUGGAACGAGGAAGUGUUGCUCUGGUUUCGUCCCAAGUAAAGUAACCUCUCCGCAGCAAUUUUACUUUCCCAUCGAUAUUUCGUACUUUCUAGCAUUUAUUAAACUAAAAUGUGAGACUGGUAGUCGACAUUGUUAGUCGGUAGAUCGUUAUAUUAUUAAAUAUAGAAUAGUUCUUCAUCUAACGAAACAUUGUUUGUCGAUUUAUUGAUGUAUUUACCUUUUUACUCUGUUAUUAGUUACAGCAUUCCACACUUUUUGAUGGUUGUAAUAUAGAUAAAAGCUCUAAAAUGUAUAUAAUACGAAUACUAUAAAUGAUUUGUGUAUUUAAUUGGUUAACUCUCGCGGCCUACACGAAACGAAGGAAGCUUGUCUAAGCCGCUAGUUGCGCCUCGCGGCUCACGACAGCCCUGCACAUUCCAAGUUUUGUCAAAACGCUUUUGAUAUAAUAAUGUCUCUGCAAACUUAAAUAAACUUCAUCUCGAAUAAGGCAGCUACUGUAUAUUGGUAUGUAAAACAUUAGUUAUUAAGAUGGCGUUUUAUUCAUUAUAUUACUUUUAAGUACACAUAAAUUAUCCAAGUCACUAAGUUAUAACAUUUUAUUCUGUAUAUAAUAUUCCAUUCCAUGUUGUUAACUUUAUUUGGGUUACUUAAGUUUACAACAUAAGUAGCACAACGUUAUCGACUGAAUAUUUAUCUUAUCUGAUUAAUUUUAUAGAUAUUUAAUUACUGGUGUUAAGAUUAUUUCAUAACAGUGAUCGACACCAUCUAGUCAAAUGAGUUCCUGAACGAAAACAUGUUACAUAGUUUUAUUAUAGACGCAUUGUCUAUAAUUUCCCUGGAAUUUAUUGCCCAAAACUAAUCAGUACGAGUACCUACAAUUGUACAAGAUUUUUCAAUGCUUGAUUGAUGCUUCCAUUGUUGAAUUCGUUGUCACAAGAGAUUUGGAAAUUCAAUUCCGAUGUAAAUUAAAUUUCUUGCGAAGGCCUUUUCUUCCAAUAGGUGAUGAUAGAAAGAAAGCAUUUAUUUUCCUUUUGUGAUUUUUUUAGCCCCUAGAUUUUUCAAAUAUAUUUUACCCUCCAGUUCACAUCCGCUAUGUUAUUAUAAUAAUGCAUAAUGAUAGAUAUAAAAUAUUAUUUAAAUAGAUAUUACUACUUAACUCGAUGUUAUAAGAUACAUAUGUCAGUGUAUCUUUAAUUGGGGUACCCAAUACCCAUAUAUUAUAUAAGAUAACAAAAUUAAAUUUAAAAGUCAACUAGUAUAUGAGAAUAUAGUCAAAAAUAUCUUGAAUGGAAUAACGUUUCUAUAUAAGUAAAUAAGUGAAGCUUUUAGGAAUAUCGUAAUAGAUGUAUUAACGGGUACUGUAGAAGCUCUGUCUAUGUUUAUAGGUAGGUAAAACGUAUUUAAUGGAAUCGAAUGCACCAAACCAAGUAGCAAUUAGUAUAUUUUUAAGUAUAAGCACCGUUUUAAUAAUUGUUGGGAACCCUAGUAAUGCCAUAAACUUUUUGUCGUAUUUUAUUUAAUUUUAAAUCCAUCAUAAAUGAAGCGUGUAAAUUAAAGCGCAGAAACAUUACUUUUAAAUAAUAUAUAUACAACUAAUUCUAAAAGGGCACCACAAAUGACAUUUGGGUGACGAAACCUCGGCCGCCACUGAUAUAAAGUGGCACAAAAUACGAAACAAUAGAAUUUCCCUGUGUCGGAGGCUAAGCCGCUGAUGUAUUAAGUAAGUAUUUAUUUAAAACAGUAGGUAUAUAAUAAAUGGCAUAACGUUUAUAGAUAUAAAAGAGUAAGUACCUAUAGAAUAGUUAUUAUUUUUAGAAUAGGAUGUGAACUGAAGUGUUAUUACCACGAUAAAGAUUUUGAAACUAUGGAGGCACAUCAAAGCAAUACAAAAUAUUUGAUAUUAUAGUUUGCUUAUUUGAAUACAAUAUCCAGAUGACGCAAUAGAAAUAUCAUGUUACAAUUUUCAACCCAAAUAAACAACGUUAUAGUCUGUUAGAACACAAGUUCUUGAGCCAGCAGACUCAGCGGUGUUUAUAGAACCGUUUUGAAUCGUUUGCAUGUAAACUUAAUUUUAUACAUAAAUACCACACUGCAGACAAUUGAUAAAUUGUUUACUUUUUAAUGUUAUUGCUUUGAUGAUAUAGUUUCAUACAUACUUUAUCGUUUUAGUCCAUCAUAAAGCCUCUAUCUUGAACUAUUAAUAUUUUUCAUCAUUAUGAUACAUUGUAGGAUUUAACUGAUUGUUUUUUUUUUUCACAAUAUCAAAAAGUAAUUUAUCUAUUCAUGUUACUAUAAUAUUACAUAAUCUUUGUGGCAAUAAAUUCACAAAAAUAACUUUAAAUUAAAUUCAAUGAUACAGACAUAAAAUUGCAGUUCAGUUGAAGGAAAGACUCACCCACCCAGAGAGUUAGCUUGAAAUAUCAGACAGCUUCUUACAUUAAUACCAAAUAUCAACUGGAUGGCAUCACGAUGGCAUCUCAUAACAUUUCAAUAAUCAAAUAACCUCGGGUGUUAGGUACUCUAGUGUCUUUUAGUAAAGGCAUGUCAGGUAUAUAUUGACUGAAAACACUUUCCAAACUAUACCCUACAGAUUUUGUGUUUAGUUUGUCUGCAUUGAAAAAAAUAUGAUCUAUCGAACACACAUAUUAAAGUGAUUUCAUUCCGAUAUACUGUUAUAUACAAUAUCAUCUAAUGUACGCUGUACGUACGUACGUAAAGUACGAACAGUAAACUACUGCUUGGUUCGAUAGGCUCACAUGAAACUGUUUAAAGCAUUAAAUAAUAAUAAAUAAAUAAAUAUUAUAGGACAUUCUUACACAGAUUGACUAAGUCCCACAGUAAGCUCAAGAAGGCUUGUGUUGUGGGUACUCAGACAACGAUAUAUAUAAUAUACAAAUACUUAAAUACAUAGAAAACACCCAUGACUCAGGAACAAAUAUCUGUAUCAUCAUACAAAUAAAUGCCCUUACUGGGAUUCGAACCCAGGACCAUCGGCUUCGCAGGCAGGGUCACUACCCACUAGGCCAGACCGGUCGUCUAAAUUAAACGUUAAUGCAUUUUCAAUUGUUUUAAACGAUUUAUUUUCUCAGUGUUUCUAAACACCGUCAUUGUCCUUUACUGAUUUAAUUUUGUCGUCAAGGAGUGUGAUUGUACAUAUUUUAUUAGAUUGUAUGUUACCUAUAAUGGAUAUAUUAUUAAUGUAAUUGCACCGACAUUUGCCUGUUUUGUAUGUGCACAGCAAUUUAUUGUGAUAUUUUAAAUACUAUAGGAUAAGUGCAAAUCAUGAUCUCGCGGGUAGACUAUGUACCUAUCAAUGUGAUUAUUAAUUUACAUAUAAAUUAAAUAUGUAUUAUGUGAAAUUAGUCUCUAUUGAAUAUGGACGCGUCUUAUUUAUAUUAUACCUAACUAGUUUAGACCGGCUAGACCAUUCACUUAUUUAGCCUCGUGUAAUUUUGCUAGAGCCUAUUUAUGCUUGCGUUGUGCGGCAUCCCCCCUAGAAAGACUGUCAGAUAGCCGGGUCAAACUAUUAAAAAUUAAUCAAAUGUCAGAGGCUGUUAUCACAUAAAAGGUUCUAUUUUAAACUAGAGUGGACGCCGCAUCACAGAUCUGUCACUGUUUCUAUUUUAUUCGAAAUCUUUAGCAAUUUUCGUCAAUUUUAUGGAUACUUGUGUACGUAGGAAUAAAUAAAAUAUGAAGUGCUAAUCGUUGUCCACCGUCGUCCUAAGCUGUAACUCCGCGAGGUCGCGGCGCUACGCUUGCGUUGCGGCUCGCACUAUUAUUUCAUUGCACCUCACCACUAUGAUAUUUAUCUAGUUAUUGUUAUAAAAAUAUUUAAUUAACUAUGUAAGCACACGACUACGAGCACAAUUUUUCUACACAUUUAUUAAGUACCUUUAACCUGUAAGAAGGUAAAUUAAAUGUUGAUCAAGGUUUCUAGUCACUUUUAUAUAUCGCAAAUUACAUGCGACAAAUACAGAUAUUCAAGAAGUAACAACGUAUGCUCAUGGAAUCUUCCGAACUCAGUUCAAAGUACAUAUUUGUAAUACCAACCUAUUUCUCAGACAUGAUAUAUUAACAAUAAUCGCUCAAAUGGGAAAACUAUUUCGACGAUAUUUAUUGUUGAAGUAAAAUAUUUUUAGAUGUCACCCUUGAUAGUUAUCAUAAACUACAUCAAAUGCUUUUAAUUUGGUCAAUUACUAGAUGCUCUGACAAAACGCUACAAAGAUUUUUCCGCAAGAAACAUGCAAGUGAUGAAAAAUAUAAAAAUAAUCAUCCGCCAAUUUUCUUGAUGGUAGUUGUUACUUUAAAAAUGCAACUAUUUUUGUAGAUACAUAUUAUCUAUUUGAUUACCACUAGAUAGAGAUUUACAUAGUAUAUAUUUUCUCAUAUUGUUACGUUUGCCGAUGGAAAGACAAACGAAUCUUCAUUUACGCACCAUGAAAGUCACUGACACCGCAGCUCAUUGACGCGCUGUUAACCUCGCUGCUACGGAAAUACUGCGCGUCUCCAUCCCCUGCUGACAUGCAUCCAUUCGGGCACGGUCUUCCACCACCGCGAACCCUCCACGGAGUCCUUGUUGAUGACGGAACACACGCGAGUAAUCUCCCGGCUCAUAUUGUUAUCGCCGGUAGGCUCGAAAUAGACGUUCGUCGUUGCGCUUCACUUUGAAGUAGCGAGCCAAUUUCGAAUACGCGUGCAUAGUUAUGUUGGUACGCAGUGUGGUCUCGUAUUGCUUGACCGGUUCUUGCACGAUAAACGAGCGCAGCUUACCAUGUUAAAGACGGUGAUCGCCAAAGUACCUAGUGUAUGUUUCGGCGUACGGUCCUUUGCCCUUCAUCGCGUAAACGAAAUUCAACACGUCCGGUAUGUCAGGUAGACCAGGGGCAGUCUUCAUGUAGGUAGAGAUUGUAAAAUAUGCCCAGUUGGACGUAAAUGCGCGACAGGUCACGCACGUCCCGUCUGAUGUCUUCGAGCAGUCUGGAUCGGUGUUGGGGCGAGAGCACAGGACACAGUGUGGUGCACAGACAGAGUUUGACGACGUAGACAUCUAGGGUUUGCGCUGCGCCAUCACUCAAUUUACGUUUUCGAAUCGGAGGCAGGUAGUUGGUACACUUCGCAGAGCUUCUGCGAUGGUGGUCUAUACUCUAUACCACCGCACGACUUGCACUGUUUCUUCUCCAUUACUGACGUACGUACGGACUGGGUAUGACGCUCUGUUAAAAGAUAUUCGCGGUAUAUUCAGUUUCCGGAAAUAUGAUGCCAACAGGACUACAAGGGAAUUUUCCUUACAUUGUUUAUCAUGUUGGAAUCAAGCUUUAAAAUCGAAAUAUAUCUCUAGGGGGCUCUACACUGAAAAAAUAUGAUCUAUCGAGCACACAUUAAAGUGAUUUCAUUAUGAUUAACUGCUAUAUUCAAUAUCAACUAAUGUACGUACGUAACGUACGAAGAAUAAACUUUACUGAUUGGUUCGAUAGGCUCAUAUGGAACUGUUUAAAGCAUUAAACGUUAAUGCAAUUUCAAUUGUUUUAAACUAUUUUUUUUCUCAGUGUAGUGUUUUGUAACUAUGAUGACGUGAAUAAAUGUAUUUUCUUUUCUUUCUUUCUUUCUUUCUUUCUUUCCUUCUUUCCUUGUACCUAUCAUACUUCCGAGUUAUUUCUUUGAAUGUAUGUUUACCAAAGUUUCGUUUAUAUGAACGUAUUUUUGUGCAAACAAGAUUACGAAUUAUUUUUGGAAGUUAAGUUUCAGAGAAAAACCUUCAGAAAAUUGUAACUUUGGGAAAUAGCACAUUGAGAGAGACAUAUUCGGACUUUGUAUAGGUUCCCAACUCUCUCAUGCUUAACAUACCCAUCCUCGCAAAUGCAUUAAAAAAAAUGUUCGUACCUAACUAAUUAUCAAGCACAUACGGUGGAUUUGCCAAGAAUGGUAGAACUAGGGUCGGCAGAAUCGCGCCGUCAGCUCCGGUUUCAGUGGGUGUUUGGUCGACCUUAUUAGGUUCCCAUGUCAACAUGGAACUACAUAUAAACUUAUAAAUUAAAUCCCAAAGAUUCUCUUAAUAUUUGUAAUUGAUACGGUGCCAUGAUUCAGGGUACCGUUUUGCUGAUCCAUUGGCGUCGUACAGAGCUCUCCCAAGUGAAGCGACCCCCACACUUGCACGUCAAAACUUAAGGACCGUUACUGAAUACAAAGAACAUCGUACGUUGUGCUUUGUAUUAUACAUGUAUCUAUUUCUAUAUGAGUCGCACACACUCAUUUUAAUUAAAUUUAUCGUGUGGCAAUACAUUAUUUUACGCUCGAGUAAAAAAGACAUGUAAGUAUUAAAAGAUCAAUGUACUAGAUUCUUCGUUUUUGGCGACGGCCCUUCAUGUCUAUCAACUAAGUUUGAUAGUUUUCUCAUAUUCUCUGAGACUCUUGCGUUUAGCCGUGUCAUGCACGAGUUCACUUGACUUGUCAUUUCGCAGAAUAUGGUAUGCAACUCAUAUGGCGAUAAUCUAAUAAGUCAGGUGUAAUAUUGCUGAGUCGACCCUGUGUCUUAGCUAAUAUGUUACGUAUUAUAUUUUUGCGAUUUACUAGAAAUUCAUUUGCGAUAUAGAAGAGUUAGGGUUAACAAGUAGCGAAUAUGCAGUUAUUAGUUAGGAAAUUUAUCGAACUUCGAUUUAGCACACCGUUUUCUCCGCUUAAAAUAUUCAUACAAUAGAAGAACCAUUUUAACAAAAACUCUACAAAACUUUAACGGUAUACAGCCAAGCGUCCUCUGUAUAGCGCGGAUUGCUGGGACCUAAUUGAAACUCGUUGGCGGUCGGUCUCUUACGGCGCAUGCAUACAUUCACAAUACUGUUACAUACAAUGAUGUAUAUAUAGGUGCCUACUCACUCUAGGCGGCCUACCCGCUUUUGGCCUGGAUAUCCUAUUAGAAUUUUUAAUAAAUGAGAAUAUAUAUUUUGAAGCAUAAGACUAAGUCCUCCGCUUCAAUAAAUAUGACUUGUCUCUAAUUUGAAUUGUUUAUGUUUAUCAGAUUAUAGACUCAACUCAGACUCAUAAGUGUCACCUUAGAUUACGUCGAUUUGAUACGGAUCUCGAGUUCUAGUUACACUGUAUGAAUGAGUCAAAAUAUUUGUAAAACAAAUAUGAUUUAUUUAAUAUUAUAUAGGCUUCGACUCAGGAUCGACUUCGCAAUGUAAACGUGGCUUCAUAACGACUACGCUAUUUUGUAGGCGUAAUAUACUUUUGGACUAUUUAUUAUGUAUUGUUAAUUACUAUGUAUGUUGUAUUAAGAUAAAAAAUGAAAACAAAAAAUAAAUGUUAAUGAAUGCCUCAGCCAGUCA